UUUCCUCUUCGUCCUCCAUUCUUCAAUCAUCAUUCACGAGGCAGCCGUCGCACCUCCGGCAAGCAGGCGCGGCGGGGGCGGAGGUGCUGCUGGACGGCCGGGGCUCGUCUGGGUCGGAUCUGCGCCGUCGGAAGCGGGACGGCCUGGGCGAGAUGGCUUCGGCGGCGUACCUCGAGACGGACGAGAACCUGGAGGCCCUCAUCAGCCGCAUCGAGCAGAAGUCACGCAAGAUCGAGACCCUCCUCAAGCAGUCGAAGCCGGUGGAGGCCCUGAAGACGGCGCUGGAGGGGUCGCCCCUCAAGACCCGCGACGAGCGAUGCAAGUCGGCGAACUGGAUCGUGGUGCACCGCGCCAUGAUGGCGAUCAGGGACAUCGAUGGCAUGUUCAACUCACUGGAUACCGAGUACUAUGACAUCCUCAUGAAGUACCUGUACAGAGGUUUGUCCACCGGCGACCGGCCGACGUGUGACCAGUGCCUCAAAAUACAUGAGAAGCUGACGGAGAGAGCAGGCUUAGGAUGCAUACUGCGGUCACUCGCCGACACUGUCAACACCGUGUGAGCCUCCUUCGUUUUCAUUGAGGGUCUAUGCUGGAAGAUCUUGUCAGGUCGAAUUAGUUGCAUGGACUUUAUAAAUGCAGAAGGUGAUUGUUGACCUCUUCUCUUUGCUGUUUGACUGCUUCGUAGAUAGAUAAGAGCAUUGUUGUAUUGUGUCAUACUUAUUACUGCUCGUUUGCUUAGUUGCAUCCGUUUCAGAUCCUUUUUCUGGCUUGUAACUCCAUCAGCCCAACUCAAGGAUGAUUAAGUCAGUAGUCGCAAUGAGCGAGCGUGCAGACUAAUCAUUCAGUAUAUGUGUGUGGUACUACC